UAGUAACUGGCGAGGAGACCGGAAACAACUCGGCGCCACCGGGAAGUCACCUUACCUCGUCUCAGCAGCCUAAGGAAAAACCGAAAAUCGGACACACCACCCCAGAACGUGGCGUGGACAGGCAGAGCGAUGACAGUUCAAGAAGGGCCGACAGCGACUCCCACCCGGAGAACUGGACCGACCACGAGGCCAACGAUCCUCCGAACACCCUGGCCGGGUCCCCGCCUAGGUCAGAACAGCCUACGAAAACUGAGAAUUCCGAUCGGAGGAGUAGACUUUUUGCCAGGGACAGAGGAACGCCUGGGAGCAAUAAACUAAAAAAGCACAGCUUGAGUGUCGACCUCAAACCACCAGCGGAUUUAAAUAGUUCAGAGCCACGAAAAGCACUGGUGGAGCAACUAGGUAGAGUGUUACCGGAUGAUAGUUUGCCGGAAGCUGUGUCUCUGGUUUCCCUGGCCGAUCCUGGCGGAGCUGUGCUAGCUGCGAGACUUCAGGAACGGAAUCACAGAGUUUUGACCACAGCUUCCCCAGCCGAUAUCAGGGCGACAUUCACUUGUCUGGUGGCUCGUAUCCAGAAAUUCUGCAACAGCUCGGCCAAGCCUCCAGCUCCGAUUAAGGUGGUGAUAGCAGGGGGAGACAGUUUCGUUAAUGCGGUCCUCCGACAUUACGUGGAUCUCUUGAGCUUCCGGCCGCCCGACUGGCAGAAUUACCUGCGUUUCUUGGUGGUACCCCUUGGUUCUAACACGCUGUCCAAAUAUCUCGGCUCUGUCGACGCUAAGUACUCGAUGCUCUUCGGAGACGAGUGGAAGGAAUUGUUGGAACGAGAAGGUGGCGGGGCGAGCGAAGGUGCGGCGAGGGUAUCCGAAUAUUUAGCCAGUGUUGGCCCUACUCUUUCGUUGCCUAUCGCAGAAGCUAUGGUCACUUAUAGGGAAACCGACGAUAGCAGUCAGAUCUUUAUUCCUUUCAUAAACGAUGUCCGCGUUGGUUGUCCGGAUAGCAGUUCCUCGGCAUCGGUGGAUUUGGAUGAAGGAGGAAUUGCUGUAUCGGGGUCUCCUCCGUCUCUACCUCCGGUCGGACUCCCCGUACCUCCUCCUGGGAAAUUGACUCCUCCGAGUAGUCCUAACGUAGGUCAACCGAGAGAAGGCUGGGAGCCGGUGGAAUUGCAACUCGAUUUUUGGAGUAAACCUGCUCAGGGUGAGAAAGGCAAGAGCACCUUGAGGCAGGCGUUCAGGGCUCUACAUGUUCAAAGAUUGCCACCUUUGGGAGAGGCUCCGGGGCACCACCUCUCUAUGAUCUACACGACGAAAGAGAAGAAGCAGAAAAUUAUGAGGCUAGGCAAAAAGAAGGAGAAAGAGAAGGAGAACGAACCGAAAAGUCAGACAGUGGACUGUGUGACUAGGUUGAUCUGCUCUGCGAAGACUCAAAACAUUCCAUUAAGAGUCAGUAUCGACGGGAACGAAUGGUACGGAGUUAAAUUCUUCCAACUAUCGGCGCAAUGGCAGACGCACAUAAAGACGUUCCCAAUAGCCUUGUUGGUCUACAAUGCUCAGCAAUCAACUCCAAAUUUAACCUGAACUUCCCCGUUGUUUCGGCUCGAGCGUACUAGCAUCCGUUUUCGAGUACGAUAUAACUUAAAGUAGAUUAAUAGAGAACUUAGCGUUACCGUAGAGAAAAUCUGCUUUAACGCGAUCGGGCUCUUUGCGAAUUUCCGCGUCUGAAUGUUGAACUCCAUUAGUAGUCGACGGGCUGGUAACUCAACAUUAUUUUCCUAUUAACAAUUCGAGGUAGAUGCUCCUUAUUAUUUCCAUAGGUGAGCUCUAAAGACGGAUGUACAUAGAAUAGUUUUACUGUAAUUGUACAAUGAUGUAUCGAGAUGUAAUCGUUAAUUGGAACUACUAUUUGCUUUUCGGUAUACGACGAUUGAAGCGAAAGUACAAGGCGUACAAUAGUGUUUAAAGAUGUCGAGGUGCAAUACGGAAAUAUCCCGAAGAUCUGAGAUGUAGGUAGGAAUGACUCCACUCGGCUAAGUUAACGUACGGAGAGCGUUAAGUGAUUAAUUAAUUAAAGCAGUAUCUAAAGUAUUCUUUAAAUUACCGAGACUAGAGAAAGAGGAACUCGAUCUCGAGUUGGGCUUCACUUUUUACGCUUUCCAUCCAGAAGAUUUGUAAUCUUAUUCUAAGCCUUUGACGUUUACAUUUCACUCCGCAGAGUGGAUUCUUUAAAUCGUCUGCCGUUUCUGAAGUAUCAAUCCUCAAUCUGUAUUUGAUAACAAUGUAUACGUCACUUGUAUGGAUAAGAAUGACCGUCUCGGAGGAACUGUUAGUAACAAUUAAACCACAUCAGAAAAGAGUCACCAACGCGUUCGUUAGCGUGGCAGAUAUCGUUGAUGAAUAACCGAGUGACAACAGCUUGAAUGGCAAUUAUUUUGAUAGCGAAUGUAGAAAGUAAUUAUCUCGAAAAAGCCGUGAGAUAGGUCAAGAAAAAUCUUGCCUGAUAGGCGGCGUGGCGUGGUGAAAAAAAAAAAAUUUAAAGAGCCAUCUCCGUCGGAGAGGUCCACAAAGUUUUCACGUAGAAUUACGUCUUUCCGAUUGUUCAUUUCCAUUGAUACUUAGGAUAUUUUCUUUUUCUUUUUCAUGUAACUUUCCAAGGUACAAUAGGCAUAUAACGUAACGACCUGUAAACCCCGCGGCGGAAAGUUGUAUGACAUUUCUUAAGGACCCAGUAAAGCCACGUCGCCAUUUUGAAUUUUCUAAACGAGAUAUGUUACUCAGAAAAUUGGCCCAUUGACAAAGUUAGGAUUCCGAAGGUGAAUGGAAGGUGCCAACCAUGUAAACAAUUGGAAAGACGUAGUUCUACUUCGAUGACACUUUUGGACUGUCUCCAAAGUCCACUGCAAAGAGGCAAUACUUCGAAAUGUAAGAAUAGUAAGCGUUGUUUAGAACUUAAGGCUGUCCUAGAAGGAGUAGGCACUUAUGUUACGAAGACCUAAAGUUAGUUUAGCUGUAAUCGUACUUGGUAACUUCCUUCGCGGAUAUUUAAUGAUCGAUGACAGUUAUGAACUGUCUUAGCGGCGUAGCCGUCGCUGUGACUGUCUAAUGCCAAAUUGCGAGGAGCCCUCUUUUCUUUAUUGAUGUUUUUGUAAAAGACUUUGUUAAACUGGCAUUCUCGCUCUAGCAAGAUGUCAAUCCCGGUCACAAAGUGAUCGGGUCGUGAUCACGUCUUGUCAAAAAAAAAAAAAGAAGAACGAUGCGUACCAAGAGCUUUCCACGGUCACUUUUUGCUAGUCUGCGUUCGUGACUAUUAGCAACUUUGUCGAUAUUAAAAUUCAUUGCUUGUGCAUAUACUCCUAGUGGUCAUUUGAUUGUUUCCGAAGUAAGGUCACUGUCGAGUUAUCCUAAUUAUUUAAUCCAAGCAGUCACGAUUGACACGAGGGAGCAGUAUUUAAGUAGGCGAAGAAUUGGAAUUGAACAAUUGGUUUGGUCGAAACCCUAAACACUCGUCUACGGAAAGUUCAAUGAACAUGAUUAAUUGAAAUAAAUUUGUCGAAGACGGUUCGCCGAUAAUGUGUUAUGCAUUGAAGAAAAGAAUUACGCUCUCGGCGAGUUGUCUCUUAGAUUAAUUAUCUUCCAAUGAACUGUCUUGUCGAUAAGUUGUUUUCUUUUUAUUACAAUUGUCUUUCUAUCAGCUGGUGAACUUCCCGCAUAUCUGGACGUUUUCUUCAUACCAAUCGCUUUGUUUCUGUAAAUAUAGGACGACAAUAUACUCGUUAACUCAA